AUGAGGCUCAUCAUUCUCUUGGGGUUAUUCGUGGUGAGCUGUACCGCCAAGACCGUGAGGCAAGACAGAAGGUUCCCCGACGACUUUAUAUUCGGGACUGCCACCGCAUCUUAUCAGAUAGAAGGAGGAUGGGAGGCUGAUGGCAAGGGUGAAAACAUUUGGGAUUAUAUGACACACAAUAAACCGGAGGUCAUCAAAGACAUGACCAAUGGUGACAUCGCUGCCGACACCUACAACAACUAUAAAAGGGACGUGGAGAUGAUGAGAGAGUUGGGUCUGGACGCCUACCGCUUUUCACUCUCAUGGGCAAGGUUACUUCCUGAUGGGUUCACGAACAACGUAAACGAAGCUGGCGUGACAUUCUACAACAAUUAUAUUGAUGAGAUGAUCAAGUAUAACAUACAGCCUAUGGUUACUCUGUACCACUGGGAUUUGCCUCAAAAACUGCAGGAGCUCGGCGGUUUCGUCAACCCUCUAUUCACUGACUGGUUCGAGGAUUACGCUCGUUUAGCUUUCGAACGUUUCGGUGAUAGAGUCAAGUUCUGGAUCACCUUCAACGAACCAAGGGAAAUCUGCUACGAAGGUUACGGAGCUGCUACUAAAGCUCCGAUAUUGAACGCUACUGCCGUAGGAACAUACCUUUGUGCGAAAAACCUUGUCAUCGCUCACGCAAAGGCAUACCACGCUUAUGUCAAGGACUUCAAGCCUAACCAAAAUGGACAAUGUGGCAUAACCAUUAGCGUGAACUGGUUUGGUCCGGCGACUGAUUCUGAAGAGGAUCAUAUAAUGGCAGAACUGAGAAGACAAGCCGAAUGGGGUCUUUACGCCGAACCCAUAUUUUCCCAACAAGGUGGAUUCCCCAAAGAGUUGUCGGAACGCGUCGCCGAAAAGAGCGCCAAGCAGGGCUACGCCUCGUCCCGGAUGCCAUCCUUCACGGACGAGGAACGGGACCUGGUCAGAGGCAGUUUUGAUUUCUUUGGUGUCAACCACUACACAGCGUUCUUAGCUUCAGCGGCUAAAGAACACAAGACCUAUUAUCCAGUACCAUCGCUUUAUGAUGACUCGGAUUCCAGCACGUACACUCCUGAUGACUGGCCCAAAUCUGCAUCAGGAUGGUUAAAAUUAGCACCGAACAGCAUCUUCGACGCAUUUACAUUCCUGAGAAACAAAUAUGGCGACAUUGACUUCUACGUGACAGAGAACGGCUGGUCCACGAGUCCUACAGCUGGACUAAUUGACGAUGACAGGGUGCGGUAUUAUAGGGCCGCCCUGAAUAGUCUCCUGGAUGCCAGAGAGGCCGGCGUUAACAUCAAGGGAUACAUGGCUUGGAGUCUAAUGGACAACUUCGAGUGGAUGGAAGGCAUCACGGAACGGUUUGGAUUGUACGAAGUUGAUUUCGAAGACCCUGCGCGCUCCCGCACCCCCCGGAAGUCUGCCUUUGUUUACAAGCACAUCAUUAAGAAUCGCUAUAUCGAUUCCGACUACAAACCCGAGUCCCUAACAAUGACCAUCGAUGACGGCUUAUAAGCAAUCAAAAUCAUCGACUUGGCCAGUAUGCUGAUUAAAGUAGGUAGAUUGACCUACCUAUAAUUUAAUUAUUUUAAUUAAAAUGUAAAUAAAUAAGUGUAACUUCCUC